GAUGACGCAAAACAGCCGCGACGGGACGCAGAGAUCCUUCGGCGACAUUGAGGAUCGUCAGACUCACCGGAGUUUGUGAAGUUUCUCGAUGGCGUUGCGGUUAUUUCGGCUGGUUGUGCCCUCGGGUGCAGCAGCUUGGAAAGCAGUAUCGCCUGUGGCGACGGCUCAAAUCCACACAAGUGCGGUCAGUAACCUAAGGUAUGGAUGGUGGGCUUAUGCUCUGGGGGAGAGGACCACCUCCCGCUUCAAGGAAAGCAGCAAGAUAAUUUCCAUAGAUGGAAACUUGGCAUCUGGAAAGGGAGCACUUGCACAAAAAUUGGCAGAUAAACUAGGAAUGCUGUACAUGCCAGAGCCAGACACACACUAUGUGGACAAAAUGACAAAGGAGAAAGUUCCUUUAGACAAGGCUUUUAAUGGAAACUGCAGUCUGGAGAAGUUUUACUUGGAGCCCAAAGCCAGUGACGGUAACUCUUACCGCAUGCAGUGUUGGAUGUACCUCAUGAGGCUGCUGCAGUACUCUGAUGCUGUCGAACACCUGCUCUCUACAGGACAGGGAGUUAUUCUGGAACGCUCUCCAUUUAGUGACAUUGUAUUUUUGGAGGCCAUGUUCAAAGAAGGCUUCAUCCGAAAGCAGUGUGUGGAUCACUAUAAUGAGAUUAAGGGCCUCAGUAUCUGUGAGUUUCUGCCCCCUCAUCUGGUCAUCUAUGUGGAUGUACCUGCUGAAGAGGUCCAGAAAAAUCUCAAGGCAUCAGGAAAGUCAUACCUCCAGAAUGUUCCUUUAAGUUACCUGAAGAAGAUUGAGACAGCGUACAAGAAGAACUUCCUUCCUAAAAUCAGUGAAGAGGCAGAGGUUCUUGCCUAUGACGCAACCCAAGCCCAGGACAUUGAGAGGGUUGUGGAGGAUAUCGAGUACCUCAAGUUUGAGAAGGGCCCUUGGCUGGAGCAAGAUGACGUCACUUUCCACCAUAUGCGAAUGUUCGUGGAGGACAAGCAAAGAGUAGCCAACAUGACCUGCAUCCCCAGAUAUCUUCCAGAAGUCACAAUCGGUGCUCAUGAGUUUGAUGCUACCUACUAUGCUUUCAAAUCGCUCCCAGGAAAGAAGUACGCUGAAGGUUAUAAUGAAGACGUCGGGGACAAAGGUAUCUGGCUGAAGUGAGAAACGCUGUUGUCGCUGAGGGAAGGACAUCUGAAAGACAGAUUCCUUGUGGUAUUUCAACCGUUUGUCCAUGUCUUGUGGGGAAAGAUAUAUUCUGCUCUUAUGCAGCUGAAGAUAUCAUUGUACAUUGCUAUUAAAACAAUUAUUCUAUAUGUUAAAAAAA